AUGGGAAGACCAAAGAAAGAAAUUAGUAAGCAGAACAUAGAAAGAUUCCAAAAAGAACUACAAUUGGCCGGCAAUAGAAGUGAUAUUCUAUUGAAGGAUAAAAGAGGGAGAUCGAAAUCAUGUUUGUUAUGUAAAAGAAGAAAACAGAAAUGCGACCAAAAACUACCCAGUUGUACAGCAUGUCUAAGAGCUGCCGUUAAAUGUAUCCAACCUGCAGGUUAUCAUCAACCAACCAUUAAAAAAACUAUCAAACCCUCACAUGAUGUCCAAAUGCCAGAAGUCGAAGGUGUGGAAGAACAGACAGAUUUAAAGAACUCAAACUCCAUCAUUCCAUUAAUAAGUCAAAGAGUAGCAAAUACACAAAAAAGUACACCUUCCUCGAAAUAUUUAACUCCACCAGCCUCCUUGAUUACCUCACCCAUUGUUACAGAUUCACCGUAUAGCACUACUACAGAGGGAUCGGCAACUAAUUCUGUUUCUCAUACAAUCACGCCCUUUGAGUCCUCUUUAUCAAAUCAUGACAACAAUUUAACAAUUGGACAACAGAAAACAGGAAAACCACAGAGAAAAUCGAAGGGAAAAGUUAACAAAAGAUACGAAAACUCUGAUAGGGACCAAUAUACCGUAUUCCUGGAAAGAAAACUACGAUAUUUGGAAAAACUUAUAGAUUUACCCAUAGGUGGCGCGGUUUUCACUAAAAAAUUGAAUCAUUAUAAAAAAAUCACCCAUCUGUUAGGUGAAAUCGAGGAUUUGGAAUCCACAGUAGCACAUUUGCCUGUGGUAAACAAUAAAAAUAUCAAUAAUGAUAACAAUCGAUCUCCUUCAAAUAAAUUUAUACCCUCUUCAGGGGUCAAUAAUGCAAAUGGUUCCAUACCUGCAUUAUCAUCUGAUUCUGUGGACUCUAUUGAUUUCAAUAAUUGCAUCUUUGCCAAAUAUUUCGCCAAGAUUGAUUUCCUGUAUUACCCUGCAUUUGAAUUCAAUAUGGAUUUAUCAAGAACUUUUUUAGACACAUUUUUCACUAGACUACAAUUUAAAUAUCCUUUGCUUGAUGAAGAAGAGAUUUAUUCCUUUCAUGAUAAUUACGCUAAAAACAAUAUAUAUUCAUAUUCCAAUACCGAAUUCCAUUUUGAGUGUGGCAGAAUGUGGUUGAUCUUUAGCAUUGCUGCAUGUAUGCAAAAGACAACUGGUAAAUAUAAAGGUCAUAAACCAAUUAGAUAUUUUGGUACCGCUGUAAGACAUAUUACCAAAUGUGGUGGACAUUUCAACGAUAUUCAUAAAAUUGAAUUGUUAACUCUCUUAGUGUUAUAUCUCAUAAGAACAGACAGAGAUUCAUUGGUUUUGUAUGACAUAAUGAAAGAUAUAAUGGAUAUUUGUAAGACAAAUCUUUUAAUAAAACACUGGGUUCCUGAUGAGCCAUUUGCAUCCAAAAAAUUAAGACUCUUUUGGUGUGUUUAUCUAUUAGAAAGAAUGAUAUGUGAAGCUGUCAGUAAACCCUUCACGAUAAGUGAAUCAGAGAUAAACCUACCGUAUUUUGGUGAAGACAGAGAUAAUCAAAACAAACUAAAACAAGUAAAAAAUAUCUAUUUUAUUAAUCAAUCAUUGAGAUUAAGGAGACUUGAAUCUUGUUUUAUAGAAGAAUUACAAAUUUUUUCUGAUGAUAGUAAAGAAUCAACAGAACUGAGAAAAUACCAACUCCCGAAAGUAAAUGAAUAUUUCAAACAAUUAGAGCUGUGGAGAUCCACAUGUUCUACUACAGGUGUUAAAAAUUUCGAAAAUGAAACACUUAAACUAUAUUAUUAUAGAUCUGUAAGGUUAUUAAUACAACCAUACUUAGAAUUUCUCAGACCAGAAGAUAGAUUAUUUAGAGAGUGUCAGGCUGCUGCAGGCCAGAUAUGUCAAUUAUAUAAGAUUUUCCACCAAAGAACUAUUGGUGGCCAUUCUACACCAGCUAUCCAUACGGUGUUUGAAGCAGGUGUCACACUGGUUUACUGUAUGUGGCUAUCCAGAAAUUAUGAUGAUAAAAGAAGAAAAGAGCUAGGGGAUGAAUCAACACAUACACGUCCACUAGUAAGUGCUAGCCUAUUUUCUAGCAUGGACGACUUAAGAGCAUGCUCUGUAUGUUUAUAUUCCAUGACUGAGAGAUCAAAAUUUGCCCGUGUAUUCAGAGAUACUUUUGACGAAUUAAUGAAUGUAACAAUAGGAAAUUUAAUUACACGUUGUGGGCCUAAUUCUUCUGAAUUGAUAUACAUAUCGCAACUUAACAAAAAUAUUACAAACAACAACAUACAAUCAAAUCUACCAGAACAUAUGAAAAAAUUUGAAGGAAGUUUUCAACGAGACCAAUCUGUAGACAAUAACAAUGACAAUGAACUACACUUUCAUGGUAUGCCUCCUGCAAUAAAAAGAGUAUUUGGUGUGGGUCAAGCUGAAGAGCAUGCAGGUUUUGUGGAAAUAUCACAAGUAGAUAUUGAAGAACAACGUGAGUUUAAAAAGAAACAAAUUGAUUUAGAAAAACAUAGUCUACCUAAAAGCCUCGCCCAUUUACUAAACCAUGAAAGAAAAGACAGUAAAAUAAGAAAUACCAGUAAUACUAAAAUUAAUCCCGACUCUACUGAACAAAAGCAACAGCAAUAUGUUGUAAAGAAGCCACUAAAUAAUAACGACUUAGAUUGGAAAACAUUCCACCAUCAAGCCUAUAUUCAGCAACAGGUGGCCCAACAGAACCUACAAAAUUAUCUUUCUUCCUUUAACUAUGCACCAUAUAAACCCAUGAGUACUUAUAUCAUUCCGAAUAUGCAAUCUAAUUAUGACAAUAAUUUCCACACCAAUCCUAUAAAUACAACUUUAGCUGGGAACAGACAUAUUAUACUGCCUCCUGCCUCAAACAACUCUUAUAAUAAUUACACACUUAUACCACAAUUAGCAAACUCAAACCCUACAAAUACAUUUAACAUAGUAACAAAAAAUCCAAACGAAUCUUCUAAUGUUGUAAAUGAACCAAAUCUUGAAAAGCAUACUAAGAACGAAACUCCGAUCGAUCCAAAUGUUUCUAAAACAGCGCAAUCUCUUAUUAGAACACGGAGUGGCAUAUUGAUCAAUAAUUGGACGCAUAAUAUGAUCAGCAGUAUAUCAAAUUGGACUAAUGAUUCUCUAGUAGACGAUGUGUCAAUAACCACUAAUGAUGAUAUAGACAUUUACUCUUCCCAAUCUCACCAGAUAACACAAAAUCAUAUUAUUACAGAAAGUAUACAACAACAGCCGGGAAAUCCUCAUUACAGACUACAUCAUCAUCAAAAAUCCUUUAAUUUAGAACAAGGUAAUGAUUUGCCAAUGAGGAGGAAUAAUAAUUAUCAAAGACAAAUCACAGCUAGCAAACCAUUGGCAACAUCUAAUAGUACUACUGCUAGAUUUAAUGCCAUACCAAUACACUCAGAACAUUGGCAACAUAAUAAUAAAUCUGCUACUGUGAUUAAUAGCUAUCCCAGCAUUACCCACAAUUUUACUAAUAAUAAUAAUGAAAGAAACAAUAAUUUUAUUCAAAAUAUCCCUGGUAGGUAUCGUGAAUUUGAGAAUAUUGGCUCUGUUCUCCCGGUAGAAGAAUUUUGGACUGUUAAUGACGAUUAUGGUUUUCUUACAUAA